AUGGCUGCCAAUAGUUUUAAAACGGAUGGGAAUAAUCCAACAGAUGGCGCUUACACGCCUUUAGAUCAAGGUAUUAUAGCUGCAUUUAAAGCAUAUUAUACCAGAAUAACUUUUAAGAAGUUAUUAGAUAGUUUAGAAAGUGACUCGAAGCUAACUUUAACACAAUGUUGGAAAAAUUACAACAUUGGUAAUUGCAUAGACAACAUCGAAGAGUCCCAUCGUGAAUUGAAAAAAUCUACAUUGAAUGGUUGCUGGAGAAAAAUCUGGCCAACUGUUGUCACAUCGGAGAAGGGCAAUGACAACGAUGUCAAUUUACAUACUAAUGACAUCCAGGCUACAGUAACAUUAGGCCGGUUGUUACCGGGAGUUGGAUUUAGUGACCUCCAGUUGUCAGAUAUUGAAGAGCUACUCGAAUCUCAUAAUUCUGAACUAACAGAAGAAGAGCUAGGAGAUUUAGUAGCUAACAAUAAUCAAGAAUCCAGUGAUAGUGACGAUAAUAAGGAAAACACACUCCCAGCUGAGUUAAGUCUCAAAACUGUUAAUCAAUGUUUAAAGAUGGGAGAAGAAUUAACAGAUUUUUUGAUAGAAAACGAUCUUACUCCGCGUAGCUUAAAGUCACAACGUGAGAUACUUAAUGCUUUGGCACCUUAUAAAAGUUUACAGCAGAGGCUUCAAAAUGAAACAAAGCAAUCAAAAAUCACAGAUUUUUUAUCAAAGAAAUAA